UCUUAUCUUCCCGGACCUGUGAUUUAUGCUGUUUUGUAGAGCUUGGGACACGGGCUGAGCAGGCGCAGGAAGGAGAGAGACGUUCGUCUGCCGAGCUGUGGCUACUCACUACAGCUAUGAUUUAUGCUGUUUUUAGGGCAUGGGACACGGGCUGAGCAGACGCAGGAAGGAGAGAGACGUUCGUCUGCCGAGCUGUGGCCUCUGCUUUUCUCCCUCUCAGUUGUCUUUUCUCAACUACCACUUUUCUGAUCAGCUGGCCAACCUUGCAGGAGACCUGAAGUGUGAACCAUCUGUCAACACUGGAGCACUUGUCGAGCGGCUCAUCCAGAGAUUACUGUGUGGAGUUGGAACUUUGGAUCCUCGGUUUAGCUCCAAGUUCCUUAUCAAUCUAGAUCCAACAAAGGCUUCUUCCAAGGCUGGCACCCAAAGCCUCAGCUACCUUGUGCGUCUGGACUCUCUCAGCUGGCCACUACUCUAUCCAGACCACCAGGAACAGCCUACGUGUCAUAUCACGCACAGCGAGGGAGGGCCACAGGGCUUUGCCAAGGUACGGCUCACUGGCUGUCGCGUAGAGGACUGGGCUGAGUUCAUCAACAACCAUGGGUUCCUUCGCAGAGAUAAGCUGCAGGAGAGGUUCGUAGAGUUACUCGCUCAGUCAGCAGCCCGUAACUCAAUCCCAGGCACCCCUGACCAAAUAGACGAGUCUCGGAUGUGUGGCUGCCCAGGCAAGGUUGUGGACCCUGGAGUGGCAUUCCAUCUCACCGAAACACCACCCCAGGAACAGUUCUACUUCGGAGCAGCUGAAUGCCACAGACAUAGUUUCCCUGACCCACGAGAAUUCAGGCUGGCCAUUGUUGAGGGCACCCCCUGUGUCAGGCUCAGGGUUGGACUGCCUCUAUGUAUUUCAGGAUCAGAAGAAGACAUUCAGGUAACGCUAACACUAGGCAUUGGGUUCACAGGAUGGCCUCACAGUUGUGACUUCCCGAGCCGAAUUUCUCUCUCUCACGUUGACAUCUUGCUUUACCAACAGGUAGCCACCAUGGGAUUCUAUCUGGUACCGGCUCCUCCGCACCCUACCACUCGAUGUGAUGAUCGCUCCGCCACCUGGCAGUUCAGGUUUCCAGCGACAGAGUGCGCCCUACUCUCACAUUACGCUGCACACAGUACACCAGCUCGUGUUUUGGCAGCACUGCGCAAUAUACUGGCAGACAUGAGACGGACAACUAAUGGAGGUCAAGUGGUUAGUGACUACAUGCUGAAGACAUUUCUCUGGUUCCGGUUGGAAGAGGACCACGAAUCUCUUAUAGCCACUUUGCGAGACUGGGAUCAUGACAAGCUGUCAACACAUGUUUUGGUUAUUCUGGACCAGCUAGUGACAGGUUUGAGGACUCAGCGUCACCGUUCCUACUGGUUCCCAUGGUUUAACGUGAUGUUGAGCGCUCCUGGUGGUGGUACCCUGCACUACACAGAGGAGGACUACUGCCAUGAUGCUGAACUCCUGGUUUCGCUGCUGUGUCGUCUCCAUGAGUUCUCUCUGCAGCCUCUGCCCCCCUCACUGCCUCCCCUGGAAGCCUGGCAGCAGCUGGACUCUCGGCUCGUGGGCAAGUGGCAGGACGUGCUCAUGGCUCUGGCACCCCCAACUACUACCAGGUCUAGAAGAUUGGGGUUUGCCCCUGGGAGUGGCUACAGCAGCGGGGCAGCCUCGCAGUACUCUGCCCGCCAGCUGGAGUACGUGAGACUCAUCCUGAGAGGCAUGCUCACUGUACGAGCUCUCACUCUGUACCAGGGUCAACAUUUCCCUAGUCUUUUUCACCAGAACAACGACCUCCCCUCAGCGAAACACAGUACAAACGAAUCCUCUGAAGACCUGAUCUACCUGUUAACAUCAAUUCUAGACCAGGCCAAAGCGUUGCAGUCAAACAAGAAGGACCAUGACACAAAAAUUAAACGGAACUCAAAGACGUAUUCCCGCAGUGCCCCCAAACGGGACUCCAUCCGAUCUUGUAAGAAAAUGGACUCUUAUGAAACAGCUGUGACAAACCUCAUGGAGGAGGUCAGAAAAGACGCAUCAAAUGCUGACUUGUCAGUGGACUCAGUUCUGGUCAAAGAAGUUCUAAACUGGUUGUACCACGGGAUGGACUCAGAUAGGAGGCACUUGUCACCUGUCCUGAGGCCUUACUUGAACCGUCUCUUUGCUGUCUCUCACGAGAGCUGUUGGCACAUCGAGGAGUGGAAGAAGAGACAAGACAACCAGGAGUUGUUUGCUCUAGGAAAGUUUGCUAGACUUGUUGUAGAGGAUGAAAUCUCUCCCAGAGACGGAAUCUCUGACGCCAUACGGAAAGGAUGGCAGUGGGCAGAACGAGUGAUAGACUCAGCGUCUCAGCACAGUGAAGGGGUGGAACUUGUGUUCACCCCUGCCCCAGGUCGAGUGCUGAGGUACAGAGUACGGCUGAAUCAGCAUUCUGCCAUCAGCACGAGAAGUCUUGGCAGGAACCUCAGCCUCAGCAAAGCAGAUUCCAAGCUCAAUUUUGCCACAUUGCCCAGGCACUCGAAUGGAAUAAAAGAACUGCUGAAAGCCAGGUUGGACAAUACAGAAUUGUCAGACUCUGCACACUGUCGACUGCGUGUUGCCAACCCAAUAGCAAGUGCCAUUGAUGCCCAGAGACGCUAUGGCUCACACCGAGGAGUUGGCAGCAUUGUCGAAGCCUUAGUAACUCUCAACAAGUUCUCUGUGCUACAAGAAGUGUCAACCCUGCUACCAGAGGACGAGAGAGCCCAGGUGUUGGACGAUAUUCAGAGAGUGAGCAAGGAGCGCAGGCGGGGCCGUAAGCCUCACAGUUGGCGGAGUGGUGCGCAACCUCUGCAGCUGUACAAACCGGUCCCUGAGUUCAUAGGUCCGCCACUUCGCAGUGAGACCGCCGAGGAGACUCAGUGGCUCACCACCCAACCCGCCACGAAGUCUCUGCUAGGCACUUGCCGGGAGGCAAGGCAACGCCAAGGACACAUGAACGUGUACAGUCAGGCACUGUUCCAACCUCCUCUGACCACACUCCCCAGUAACCCCCAGGGUCACCCCCUUCUGAGGCUCACUUCUGACAACAGGCUAACCCUGGAAACUCACCGACCUGCCCCCAUAGUGCGAGCAAUCCACAAGAAGGAGACAGUCACCAAACUGUGAUGUUUAUUAACAAAUAAAUAAAAUGUACAUAACUCAA